AUGCGCUCAAAACUCUCCUUGCUUCAUUCGGCUUCGUCGUUGUUGAUGCACCACAACCCAUCAAGAGCAUCAACGAUUUUAAUUUCCAAAGACCGCGCAUCCAUCUACCAUGGCGUGAGAACUUUUGGAUACGGAAACAAAAUAUUGAGAAAUCAAGUGGAUGAUCCAUUCUUUGAAGAGGCUUUGCAAAGUCAUGAAUCGAUUGCAAACAUUUCCGAACCACCAUCACCUUCCACUAUCACCUCUAUGAGAACUGAUAUCUCUGGUAAUGGUUCGGUCUAUAGUAGAAUUGGAAGCAGACCAUUCUCCCCAGAGGUGGCUUCUAUUUUAAUGGCACCAAUUCCCGAUGAAGAUAUUGAAGUUAAGCCUGAUGGUAUUUUGUAUCUUCCCGAAAUUAAAUACAGAAGAAUUUUGAACAAGGCAUUCGGGCCUGGUGGUUGGUGUCUCAUUCCAAAAUCAGACUACAAAAUUGAGAAUGGACAUGUUAUUCAAGAAUUUGCAUUGAUAUGUCAUGGACAAUUUGUAAGCCAAUCAUUUGGAGAGCAAACUGUUGAUACCUCAGGCUAUAAGAGCAUUGGAAGCUCUCUCGAAGGAGCAAAAUCAAAUGCACUAAUGAGAUGCUGUAAAGACAUUGGAAUUGCAAGUGAACUUUGGGAUCCAAACUUCAUUUUGGAGUGGAAAGAGAAAAAUGUUGUGGCAGUGUUUUGUGAGCAUGUGAAAACACAACAAACCAAAAAGCUGUACCGAAGAAAAGAUAGAGAAAUUGGCUAUCCUUAUGUCGAGAAAAAGUCAGCAUUUAGCAACAAGGAUACCACCCCUCCCGUUGCUAAUACUGUGACCACUGCAGAUGAAAUCAGCGAAUUAGAUGUGUCUCCACCUUCUGCUUCGGUCGUACAUGGAGAAGAGUCCAUGUUUGACAACUUUGCUACUCAAGAUGACGGUCCAGCUCAAUAUUCAAAACAACCCGUUGCACCAUCAUCUUCUUCACAAAAGAAAGGAUUUUCAUUUAACCCAACGCAACCAAUUCCAUUUGGAAAAUUUAAGGGAAAGCUUUCGGAUGAUGUAUUCCACCUUCCAGAUUUCCAAAGCUAUCUCAGUUACUUAGAGAAGAACAACAUUCAACCAGGCUACGUUAAACAAUUGAAACAAUAUUACAAAAAGUAA